AUGAGGGAGAUCAUAAGCAUCCACAUCGGGCAGGCGGGCAUCCAGGUGGGGAAUUCCUGCUGGGAGCUCUACUGCCUCGAGCAUGGCAUCCAGCCCGACGGCCUCAUGCCCAGUGAUACCUCGGUUGGGGUUGCAAAGGAUGCAUUCAACACAUUCUUCAGCGAAACGGGUUCAGGGAAGCAUGUUCCGAGGGCCCUGUUCGUCGAUCUGGAGCCCACGGUCAUCGACGAGGUGAGGACGGGGGCAUACCGCCAGCUCUUCCAUCCUGAGCAGCUCAUCUCCCACAAUGAAGAUGCUGCUAACAACUUUGCCCGCGGACACUACACAGUUGGAAGAGAAGUGGUGGACCUUUGCCUUGACCGGAUCAGAAAAUUGGCGGACAACUGCACUGGCCUCCAAGGUUUCUUGGUUUUCAAUGCUGUCGGUGGCGGAACUGGCUCAGGACUUGGUUCAUUGCUUCUGGAGCGCCUAUCGGUCGACUAUGGCAGGAAAUCCAAGCUCGGUUUCACCAUCUAUCCUUCACCACAGAUUUCGACGGCCGUUGUGGAGCCAUACAACAGCGUGCUCUCGACCCACUCGCUGAUCGAGCACACCGACGUGGUGGUGCUCCUGGACAACGAGGCCAUCUACGACAUCUGCAAGAGGUCCCUGGACAUCGAGCGCCCGACCUACACCAACCUGAACCGGCUGAUAUCCCAGGUGAUAUCGUCCCUGACCACGUCGCUGCGGUUCGACGGCGCCAUCAACGUGGACAUAACCGAGUUCCAGACCAACCUGGUGCCGUACCCGAGGAUCCACUUCAUGCUCUCCUCCUACGCGCCCAUCAUCUCCGCGGAGAAGGCCUUCCACGAGCAGCACUCCGUCCCCGAGAUCACCAACUCCGUGUUCGAGCCGUCCAGCGUCAUGGCCAAGUGCGACCCCCGCCACGGCAAGUACAUGGCCUGCUGCCUCAUGUACCGCGGCGACGUCGUCCCCAAGGACGUCAACUCCGCCGUCCACUCCAUCAAGACCAAGAGGACCGUGCAGUUCGUCGACUGGUGUCCGACUGGGUUCAAGUGCGGGAUAAACUACCAGCCGCCGACGGUGGUUCCGGGAGGGGACCUGGCCAAGGUGCGGCGAGCGGUGUGCAUGAUCAGCAACAACACGGCCGUGGCCGAGGUCUUCUCGCGCAUCGACCGCAAGUUCGACCUCAUGUACGCCAAGCGCGCGUUCGUGCACUGGUACGUCGGGGAAGGGAUGGAGGAGGGGGAGUUCUCGGAGGCCAGGGAGGAUCUGGCCGCGCUGGAGAAAGACUACGAGGAGGUCGGAGCCGAGGGUGAAGACGACGACGACGAAGGCGAUGAGUACUGAGUUGAGUACUGAGUAGUGAUACAUCAUAAUAAUGAACGGAGAGUUUUUGUACUGCGAGAAAUUGCAGGGUAUGACUUCAUUUGUUUUAUUGUGAAAGCAAAGCAUCUAGUCCAUACGAUGCAGAUUUUAUUAA